GAAGUUUCGGCACCGGAAAUCGGAAUACUGUAUUCUAAAAAGGCGCAGGUCGAAACGCAGAAGCGUAAAACGGCAACAAGAGUCCCUGCGCCGUGGUAAUCUCUAGUUUGCUUUCAUAAUCUUCUUCCCCGUUUAUGCUUUUCUGCCUACAAGGACGAUAUCUGAGAGGAAAGUUAAAGAGGAGAAAGUGUAAGGGAUGAAGAAGCGCAGUUUAACGCCGAGCGCACUCUCCGUCUUUCGGCAAAUGCUAAGCUUUGCCAUUGCGGUAAUCUGCCUGGGCUCCCUUGUCGUCUUCCAUGUCUUCCCAUCUUCGAAGGUGCCCGCUUUUCCUGAUUCAUUCAAGCUCGUCAAGCAUCCGGAGAACGGAGUUCGGAGUUGGAGCGGCGAGCUGAGGUGGACGCAGGAGCUGUCCCCUCCGCAGCGAUCAAUGGUGCCAUCGUCACCUAAGAUGAUCAAGGUGGACGAUUUGAGGGACAUGUCGGCUUUUAAGCAAUUGUGGAAGGCGCCAUCAAGCCGUGAUUUUGUUCAGUGUGUCUCACCCAACUCGUCCUAUUCGUUUCCCGGGGAGUCAAGGGGCUACCUCGUUGUUUAUACCAACGGUGGAUUAAACCAAAUGCGUGCAGGGAUAUGUGACAUGGUUGCUGUUGCACGAAUCAUAAAUGCUACACUUGUCAUCCCUAAACUUGAUAAAAGAUCCUUUUGGCAAGAUUCAAGCAAAUUUUCAGACGUUUUUGAUGAGAACCAUUUUAUCAGUGCUUUGGCAAAUGAUGUUCAUAUUGUGAAGAAAUUGCCAAAAGAAUUGAAAGCGGAAACCAAAGUUAUAAAGCAUUUUAUAAGUUGGUCUGGGAUGGACUACUAUCAAGGCGAGAUAUCUCAUCUUUUGGAGAAUUAUAAGAUUAUCCAGGCUGCUAAGUCCGACUCUCGUCUUGCAAACAACAACUUACCGCUCAACAUUCAAAGACUCCGCUGCCGUGCUUUCUACGACGCUGUUUGAUUUUUGAGUGCUUUUGAUGCAUUUUUAUAGUUAUUGGUCGAAAGGAUGAGAUCAAAUGGGCUAUAUAUUGCUCUACACUUGCGGUAUGAAAAGGAUAUGCUUGCUUUUACCGGGUGCACAUAUGGGUUGUCUGCUAUUGAAGCUAAUGAGUUGACUUCGAUGCGAGAAAACACUUCAUAUUGGAAGGUGAAGGAUAUUGAUCCCAAAGAGCAAAGGAGCAAAGGUUAUUGCCCCUUAACUCCGAAGGAGGUUGGGAUAUUUCUAUCGGCAUUAGGAUAUCCAUCAAACACUCCCAUUUAUAUUGCUUCAGGAGAGAUAUAUGGUGGCGAUUCUCAAAUGGCUGAACUGAAGUCCCGCUUUCCUUUAUUGAUGAACAAGGAAACAAUAGCUUCAGCUGCUGAAUUGGAACCUUUUGUUCAUCAUGCAUCUCAAAUGGCAGCCUUAGACUACAUUGUCUCAGUAGAAAGUGAUGUUUUCGUUCCAUCCUAUUCGGGGAAUAUGGCACGAGCUGUGGCCGGUCACCGCCGAUUCCUGGGCCACCGUAAAACAAUAUCUCCUGACAGGAAAGCACUUGUUCAAUUGUUUGAUAAGAUCAACCAGGGCAGACUCAUGGAAGACCAGACAUUCUCAGACAUGGUUAUGGAAAUACACAAAAGACGGCAAGGUUCGCCUAGGAAGAGGAAAGGACCCAUAUCAGGAACAAAGGGAAAGGAGAGAUUUAGAUCAGAAGAAGCAUUCUAUGAAAAUCCCAUUCCAGACUGUUUGUGCAGAAGAAGAAGCUUAGGUGCGGCCGACCCGGUCGUUACGAUCUAGAUAUACUAACACGAAUAUCAAUAUCUUCAGUUUACUUUGCGGCGGAAGACUGAGUUGCAAAGAAGACGCUGAAUGCAAGCUUCGAGAUUUUGUUUUUUUUGUUCAUUUAGGGGCAUUUACAUACCUAGCACAA